UGUCAAUAGUCGCUUGGGUGAAAGUUCAGAGAAGGGGCGUACUAGAAACUGGAAAAGAUGGCGACGAAACAGCGUGGAGGAGUUGAUGUAAGAAGGAAAAAGAAAAGGAAUAUAGAUGUGAAGGCAAUUGUGGACUUGGGAGCUGAUUACAGCGACGACGACGAUGAUGAUGAUGCUCCUGAAGAAGUUACCUUUGAAAAAGCUAAAGCGGAUGCUGUACGGAGCAUGAGGAACGCCCUGGAUACUAUCAAGAGAGACAAGGAGCUGUUGAAAGAAAAGAGAAGAAAGAGACAGGAGCUAUUUCAACAGCAAAAGAAAAGAAAGUUACUCUCUGAAGAUACUCUGGAAGAGAUUGAAUUGGCAUAUACCAAAAAAGGCAAGACUUUGGAUUCAGAAGAGCAAGAAAAAGAAGAGAGUGAAGAGGACGAGGAGUCAGAAGACGAAGAGGAGGUGGUUAAUGCCAGGCUAAAGGAAAGCUAUAAGGCUGUAAGACUCAAGGACCAAAUUGAUGCAAAUGCCAGACAAGAAAGCGCAAGUGAUUUUAUAAAAUCUCGUCUCUAUGGACCAGGAACCAACAGAACCACAACAAACCACAUGCUCUCACUUAAAAACAAAACAGGGAUGAACAAAACAGCAGCUGUACAGUUUGUCGACAAAAAAUGGGGGUCAGAGAAGAAAGGAGAAGCUGAGAAGUUUAAAAAGAGGUGGAUUAACAACCAGAACAUGGUUGCUAAGUGAAGAUGGAAGAGUGAGAACUGCCCUGGGGGGGGACUUACUUUACCCCUGUGCAUUACUGCAGUGCACAAGUAUUUUGUUUUUUUGUUAACUUGGGAUUGAACUUAAUUUGCUGUUUUGGUUCAGAACAAGCUUUUUCAACAAAAUAAAGUGAUAUAUUAAUUAUA